AUGAAGUUCCUGUCUUUCGCUAUUGCCUCCCUGGCCGCCGCCUCGGGCGCGUCGGCCAUCAACCUGCCGUCCUUCGAGCAGUUCGCCAUCGACUCCGGUCUUGCGCUCGCCGGUCUCAACGGUAUCGCUCUGGUCAACUCGGCCUUCCAUUACAAGGGCGGCUGCAAUCCCCUGAACGUCAAGAUUCGCCGGGAAUGGAGGACAUUGACCAAGAGUCAGCGGAGGCAGUACAUUGCCGCUGUGAAGUGCGUCCUCAAGAAGCCCAGCAUUCUCCCCAACGGCUGGGCCCCUGGGUCGAAGUCUCUCUUUGAUGACUUCACCUGGGUGCACAUGAACCAGACUCUGUUCAUCCACAACACCGGUAACUUCCUCAUCUGGCACCGGUACUUCAUCCAGCUCUUCGAGGACGAACUUCAGAAGUGCGGCUACAACGGCGGUCUUCCCUACUGGGAGUGGGGAUACGAUGUCAAGAACCCCCGCGACUCGCCCGUCUUCGACGGCUCCGAUACCUCGCUUGGUGGCGACGGCGAAUACAUCCCCAACAAGCCGAACGUCGAGAUCACGCCGAUUGGCUCUCCCGGUCCGAUCAUCCUCAAGCCCGGCACGGGUGGUGGUUGCGUCAAGACCGGCCCAUUCGCCGGCAUGAUCACCCACCUCGGUCCCAGCACUGAGGCCGAUCCCAACCAGGACAACCCGCGCUGCCUCAAGCGUGACCUCAACCCCGACUGCGCCCAGCGUUUCACCAGUUUCCGCAACACCACCGAGCUGAUCCUUAACUCACCAAACAUUGAGAUCUUCCGUACUCACCUGGAGGGCGACCCGCGCUACACCCCCUACUCGCUUGGUGUUCACGGUGGCGGCCACUUCACCAUUGCUGGUGACCCCGGCUCGGACGCUUUCAUCUCCCCUGGUGACCCGGCCUUCUACCUGCACCACUCUCAGGUCGACCGUGUCUACUGGAUCUGGCAGAUGCUUGACUUCCAGAACCGUCAGACUGUCUUCGGUACCCAAGCCAUCAUGGACCUCUGGCCCGCUCCUAACACUACUGUCGAGGACGUCAUCGAUAUCCGCCCGGUUGCCAGCAAGACCUACAAGAUCAAGGAGCUCAUGAACACCGUCGGUGGCCCGCUAUGCUAUAUCUACAUUUAA